UUCCUUACAAAUCUGUGUUGGCAACGAUCAGCUGAGCGCUACACAGCGCUACUUUCGGUUGUCGCGUGAACUAAUAUGAUAUGAUCACAAUUUUUCGUCUUUUCAUAGGUAAAUACAAUUUGUUAGUCACCGGCCUGCCUUAAAAUAGCGUUUUAUUUGAAUUGAAGUUUCGCAAUCCACGUGCUUUGUUGUUUUGUGAAUUGUGUGUGUUGUAUUAUCCAUAUGUUCUGUGUGUGAUAAAGACAAUAUCAAUUAGUUGUUUCUGUGACAGUUUUUCUAAUAACUACGAUACAGUGAGGCUCCCUCCGUGUUUCGGAAUUGUGAAUGGUGAUUGAGUAAUGUUUACAUAAGGUUUUGUUCGUUUGGUAUUUCAUGCAGGAAAUUUUCGUAUAAGAUAUGGAAACGGAUGGCGCUAUAGAAGGAGUCGCCAUCAACGCCCAGCAACCAGAAGUAACCGUAAAAGAAGCAGCAUCAGCAGCAGCGACAAUGAAAUCUCCCGUGAUUGACCUGACAGUUGGUGGACAGACGAGUCAUCACCAGAGUUGCAGAAGGGGAGAAUCCUCGGACGACGACAGCGACAUAGACUCCUCCGACUUGGCGACCACAAUACAAAAUAACACGUUGAUUUCAAUAGCCGCUCUGAAGGAGGCUUACAGCUUGGACAGCGACGACGACGUACAAUCGGAUUCCUUCAUACAGCGGUACUUCAAGAACCACUCCAACAGUCUGCCGUCCAGGCUUGCGGUGCCGAGUAGGAGGUUAUCCCAGUGCAUGGAAGAGGACGAGGACGAAGAGAGGAAAGACGAUAAUAAACAUUCUGUGCCUUCUAGCGAUCUAGCGACGAUUAUGGGAAGCGACAAGUCGCUGUCAGAAUCGUCGACUAGUUCCAAAACUUCUGUGAUAGAUACGGUCUCCGGACCGACGCACAAAUUUGUGAUAACCAAGACCAAACAAUCUCCGACUGUGGAAGAGGCUAAGACUACGGACGUACCCACCAAAGAGGUUAAGGAGCAGACGGAGGACAAGAAGAAGAAACCUUCGGAAGCCGCGCGGAUAUUCGCCAGCAGGAAGCAGUACAGACAGGCGAACACUGUACAUGGGAUACCAGACUCAAGUAGACCUUCUGUUUACAACGUUUUCAGAACACCGCUCCAUCAUGACAGCAGGUUUUUCGAUUCGUCUCUGAUCGAGAUGAAGAGCCAGACAUCCAGCAGUUCGACGAUUGACGCGUCGGGCAGCAACGAGGACAUUUGGGUCAAGAGGCCUGCAGAUGGGAAGAAGGAAUUAGGGUCCCAACCCCUACCAACCACCGAAGAUGUGGAACAGGCGAUGCCGCGUCCCCGUUCGGGGACGUGGGGAUCCAAAUCCGAGUCGAAAUCCAAAAAGGACAAGAAAUCGAAGCACGAGUCCAAGGCCGAGAAGAAGAAGAAUAAGAACGCGGAGAGUCGGAGCGGAUCGGCCUCUAGGUCUAGUAGUACCGAGCGACGAAGAGGAUCGGUGGAUUCGGCCGAGGUAUCCAGCCCGAAGAAGGGCGGUGGCAUGUUGGAUGCAUUUCGUUCUAGAAGCAACUCGGACGCGGGGAAGAAGAAGGGCAGCGCGUUUAUGGAGAGCAUGAGGAGCGCUAUGUUGCAUACGGGAUUGAUGCACUCCAGGCCAAAAGCUCCCAGAGACGGAUCGGCCCACCCUGUACGUGAUGGUUCUUCACAUACGCAAUACUACCAUACUGUCACAGCCGCUUCCUCGGGACGUAGUCCCAUAACGAAAGUGAUGGACAUCUUCAGGAAUAAAUCGCACGCGUCAUCCAACGCUCCGGAAGAUCGAAGAAAGAAAGCUCAUCAACUUCCUGGUGGUGGUGCUCAUAUUAGGCAGAAAUCAUUAGACCCCGAGCGGAGACGUCAAUCUUUGGGAACUCUUCCACAUAGAGCCUCAGAUGCUUUCGUCGAUCCUCAUCACGCGGCCAUACUAUUUAGAGAUUCUAGAGGGUUGCCUGUAGUGGACCCUUUCCUUGAAAAAGUAGAUAUAGCAGAUUUAGAGGAAGAUGAAUUACAAAUAUUCGUCAAGUUCUUCAAAUUUCACAAAUGUUAUGAUCUUAUUCCCACUUCAGCGAAGCUGGUCGUUUUCGAUACCCAACUGCUAGUGAAGAAGGCAUUCUUUGCACUGGUAUACAAUGGUGUGAGAGCAGCUCCUCUUUGGGAUAGCAAGAAACAAGAAUUUGUCGGUAUGCUGACCAUCACAGACUUCAUAAAAAUCCUUAGGAUGUACUACAAAUCAUCUAGUGUCACGAUGGAGGAACUUGAAGAACACAAAUUGGACACAUGGAGGAGGGUGCUCCAAGAUCAGAGGCCGCUAAUACAUAUUGGGCCAGAUGCGUCAUUGUACGAGGCAAUCAGAACCUUAAUCCACAACAGAAUCCACAGGUUGCCUGUGAUUGAUCCCGAAACAGGCAACGUACUGUAUAUACUUACACAUAAGAGGAUACUUAGAUUCCUAUUUUUGUAUAUUAAUGAGUUACCAAAACCAAGUUAUAUGAAUAAGACUUUGAGGGAGCUGCGAAUAGGUUCAUAUGAUAAUAUAGAGACAGCUAGCGAAGACACCUCCAUCAUCCUAGCUUUGAAAAAAUUCGUUGAGAGGCGAGUCUCUGCAUUACCCAUAGUUGAUUCUGAAGGCAGACUAAAAGAUAUUUAUGCCAAAUUUGAUGUGAUAAAUUUGGCAGCUGAAAAAACUUAUAACGAUUUAGAUGUUUCUUUGAAGAAAGCAAAUGAACAUAGAAACGAAUGGUUCGAAGGUGUACAUAAAUGUAAAUUAGAUGAAACCCUUUUCACGAUAAUGGAAAAAAUCGUUAGAGCUGAAGUACAUAGAUUAGUAGUUGUAGACGACGAGGAUAAAGUUAUUGGAAUAAUCUCCCUUUCAGAUCUUCUUCUAUAUCUUGUUUUAAGACCAUGCGGUGAAGAUGAUUCACCUGAAGGAAUGUCUUCUGUAAGAGCACAGGAUGUUAAACUCGGUAAAAAUCUAUCUUCUGAAGAAGUCUCUCAAACUAUUCCAGAAGAAGAGGAACAAGAAACUGAGAAUACUCGUGAAAAGAAAGAAGAGACUGAGGCAGUUGCAACAGACGAAUCUGUUGAACCAGAAAGAAGAAGCUCGGAUAGUUUGCCCGAUUCGCCCUCAAUUGAAGCAGUCUCUUUGCCAACAGAUAACUCCUUAUUCAGAGAAGUAACAGUGAGAGGAGGAGGAGAAUGACAUCUAUGUUUAACAACACAAAGGCCACCCUUUCUCCUUGUUAAGUGAUUCGAAAUGCGGGUGAACAAAAAUACACUUCAAGUGGAUUGUUUCUUUGUCUAACGAUGGCUCAGGUUGAUAAGUAGGUGUUUCUCACACCUUAUGAGUUUUUCUGAAAGAUACAUUUUUUUAAUAUGUAGAUAAGAAUAUGUGAAAUUUUUAUAUACCAUCCUGAGGGAUGGAGGCCUUUGGGCAUGCAAAACAUCAGAAAUUGAUGGGAAAAUUUGUACUUAAAGAAAGAGUUGUACCAAAGACUGUUUUGUCAUAAGAUUAUAGGAUGAAAGAAGCAAUUCAAUAACAUGUGCUUUAUUUAUUUAUAUAAUAAUAAUUAUCACAACACUUGAAUAUUAUUAAAUCAAGAUAAUCAACCUACUUUAACUUGAGGAGAUCAUAAUUUAGAUAGAUUGAAAGUGAAGUUAUAGAAGUUAAUAAAUCUAAAGUCUUA